AUGGCUUCCACCACUGCUUCCGCCUCCGCCUCUUCUGGCUCUGCUUCUCCUGCUCGCCCUGCCUCUCCAGCUGGUCUUGCUUCUCCCUCCGUCUCUCGCCCUGCCUCUCCUUCUGGCUCUGGCUCCUGGGGCUCAAUCUCGGUCUCUGGGGUUGCUUCUUCCUCUAUCUGGGCCUCUCCCUCUCCCUCUGUCCAGGCUUCUCCCUCUGCCUCUGGCCCUGCCUCUCCCUCCUCUGACGCUUCCUCCGUCUCGGGCACUGUUCCUGCCUCUGGCUUCCCGUCGAUCUGGGACUCUCUCUCGCGAUGGGGUUAUCCCACCGUCUGGGGCUCUCCCGCUACCUGGAGCUCCCUUCCUGGCACGCUCACUGGGUAUGCCACUGGUCCUGGUAAUAGCCCUGCCCACAUUCGGGCUCGCGAACGCCGCCGUCUCCGCGAUGCGGCCGCCUUCCUCCCUGGCUCCCGCCCGGCUCUUCUCACUCUCCCUGCCGAGAUCCGCAACAAGAUCUACGAGCAGGUCCUGGUCGCUGACGGGCCCAUCACGCCUGUGGAGCGCAACGCCCAGGUGAGCCCUCAACUGCUCCGCGUCAACAAGCAGAUCUACGCGGAGGCCCGCGGAAUCCUGUACGGCGACAAUGUCUUUGCCCUGGACGAGCCUUCGGGCAGAGCCCCUCUUGAAUUCCUCGAAAAGAUUGGCCCGGACAAUGCCGCUCUUGUUCGGGCUAUGCGAAUUCGAACCCCUCGAGUGAAGGACAACGAGGCAGUGGAUUUGGAGGCCGAGGUCGAUCCGAUUGACGUCGAAACCCUGACGAUGAUUCGACUCUCAUGUCUCUCUCUCAAGUGGCUUUACCUAGCCGUCUUCCGCUUCACCAGAGAAGAGGUGACAUUGUACGUCAGUCGGCCGGAUCCCAGCCAGUGCAUGGUGAGUGUUCGUGGAGCAGCGGCCAUGAACACACACUUGGUCGAUAUCGCCUUCCGAGCCAAGAUUGUGGUAGAGACCUGUUCGCGCUGCCACAAUACGCCGGUUGAAGAGCUCGAGUUCCCUCGACGUUAUGGCUGGCAUCCCGUGGACGUGACAUGCGAGAGAUGCGGGGAUCAGGGCUUCUCACUCCAGUUCACGCCACCGACCCGGUUCCUCUCGCCUGUCCAAAGCCCACCCGAGCCACCCUUCGAAGAGCGUCCUCCCAACGAGCCCUUGUGGGAGUUGAUGUCGGGACAGUCGGUCGAUCCCUUUACGGUCGACUUUGACUUGUUCUUGGAUCCCGACAAUGACCUCGACGGAGCGAUACUCCAGGCGUUUGGGGGACUAGGGGGGUGA